AUGAACGAAGCCAAUUGUUCCGUAACCAAUGGCAACCCCAUUCACAGGCUUAAUAAUGAGUUAAGGCCGAAACGAAGUAAUCUGAGUAGAUCUUCCGGUUCUCAAAAUAACGGAUGCACCACGCUAAGUGCCACAACAAUAGAGCGCAUUUUUACUAAUUCUCAAAGAGGCAACAUUGCCAAUAAAAUUGAUUUUCAGAAUGCAUCACCGGUCGCUCAGGUUCAAGCAGAGGCUUACUAUGGCGGCGAUGGCGGUGAAGGAAAAUUGUCAAGGCCCGAGAACCRAUGGUCAAAGGAAUUCUCUUGCUCUUACAAGAAUAAAAGUAUUGAUGUCGUAAUGCCUGGUCGAAUGAAAAAUGAAAAAUACUCUAUUGGUUUCCACGACAAGGUUUUCACACCGUAUCGUAAUGAAGCAUACCGUCUAAACCAUUUAUAUCCUUACGGGAAAACUUAUGGUGGAUGCUCGUCUGCUUCUAACGGCCAUUGGGAGACUCAAUUCGAGCUAAUUGAAGACCAGUUAAUAAGCGAACUGAAAAUAGCAAAAAAAGUAGAGCAAACACCCAUUGGUUACGACUAUUUGGCCGAAUAUGAAGAAACAAUAGAUUUUAAAUACACCUCACUACCCGUACCUGAGACGUACCAGUUUUUGAAUAACAACGAUUACUCAUGCCAGCCGGACCCCUAUAAAAUAGGCUGUAUACUAAUGGAAAACGGUUCAAACUUGAACGAGGUAGUAAAGGCUUUUGAAGCCGCUAUUUCUCAAGAUCCGUCGCACGUGAAUGCAUGGCUAAAGCUAGGCAUAGUUAGUAUUGAAAAUGAAAACGAAAAUAACGGCGAGCUCGCUUUGCAAAAUUGUUUGAAUUUGGAUCCAAAUAAUACAUCUGCAAUGGAAAGCUUAGCGAUUCACUAUACGAACCAACAAAAUGAAUCAGAAGCAAUGAAAUUCUUUCAAAGAUGGAUUCUUUCAAAAUUUUCUGAAUAUUUAUACCCCACUGUAGGACAAAAUAAUAAAUUUAUGGAUACAACUCUUGGAAAGUCUAAUUUGAUGUCUAUUUUGGAGUCUUUGCUGAAGAUGCGUGUAACGAAAAAAGACCAACGUAAGAUUCAUUCCGUAUUAUCAGUUUUAUACUAUUCAGAUCAGAAAAUUCGACAAUCUCUGGAGAGCUUGGAAUUUUUAUUAUCUGAAAAACCCAAUGAUGAAAUAAUCUGGAAUAGGUAUGGCGCUAUAUUAGCCAAUACCAAGUCGUAUCACUCUGCAAUAAACGCAUAUAAUAAAUCUAAGCUACUCAGACCCAAUUUUACAAGGGCCCGCUACAAUUUGGCUAUUGCUUUCUUGAGCAAUGGUGACUACAUCAAAGCAAGCAAAACUUUAAUAGAAAUUAUAUUAUUACAAAGCAAAGGAAUUGAAAAUAUCAAGACGAAGAUGCACAACAAGUUCAUGCAAAAUCUAAAAAAUGCUCUGAUUGCUUUGAAGAAGUUUGACCUUUUAGAUGAUUUAGUAAACAAUUCUGAUGAAGCAGAAUUAUUGAUAUCAACCUUGAAAAUUAUUUACAAUAAGAUAGGUUAG